AUGCUCAACACCACAGCCCAGCGGCUGCGCGCGGCCUGCAGUGCCGGUGACCGCAGCGGUGACAUCAAGCUGCAGCAUCUCUCCAGCUUCGCCAUCCUCAUGGCCGUCGGUGACGUCAAGGAAAGCUUCGCCCUGAGGGUGGUCACCUACGUGGGGCUGUCGCUCUCGGUGCUCUGCCUCUUCCUCGCCAUCCUCACCUUCCUCCUGUGCCGCUCCCUCUGGAACGUCAGCGUUGCCCUCCACCUGCAGCUCAGCAUCUGCCUCUUCGUGGCCGACAUCCUCUUCCUCGUGGCCAUGCACCGCAUCAGGAAUUGGCUAGCAUGUGCCAUCGUGGCCGGCUUCCUCCACUACCUCUUCCUUGCCUGUUUCACCUGGAUGUUCCUGGAGGGCUUGCACCUCUUCCUCAACAUCAGGAACCUGCAUGUGGUCAACUACACCAGCGCCAGCCGCUUCAAGAAGCGGUACAUGUACCCUGUGGGCUACGGUGUGCCAGCCCUUGUGGUGGUCAUCUCCAUUGCCAUCAACCCCAGCGGCUACAGGACCGACAAGCACUGCUGGCUGAGCACAGAGGGAGGUUUUGUGUGGAGUUUCAUUGGCCCAGUCUGCGCCAUCAUCCUGGUUAAUCUGGUGUUUUUUCUCACCACCCUCUGGAUCCUGUGGGACAAGCUGUCCACCCUCAACAAGGACGUCUCCUCUCUCAAAAACACGAGGGUGCUGACGUUCAAGGCGCUCGCCCACGUCCUUAUCCUGGGCUGCACGUGGGGCCUGGGCUUGCUGCAGACACACUCCAGCAUGCCGCUCGUGGCCUUCCUCUUCACCGGCCUCAAUAGCCUCCAAGGAGUCUUCAUCUUCGUCGUGCACUGCCUCCUCAACAAGCAGGUAACAGGGCAGUACCAGCGGUGGCUACGGGCCCUCAGCCCCAAAGCAGACACCAUGGAGCUGAACACUAUGUCAUCAUUGAACAUCACCUCCGACACGGAAGGGGAGAAGCCCACAACCCGGGGCAACAAAGGCUGCGAGUGGCAGAAAUGAAGGCCCAGUGCUGUGUGGGCCUAUUCCUGGCCUUUCCCCAAGGAACGACCCGUUUCUAGCUGCUUUCUGCAAGGACCCAACCUCUUCCCAGCGUUUCUCUGAAGAACGACCCAUUUCCAGUAGUUUUCUGCGAGGAUUCGACCUAUUUUCAGCCUCUUCCCUGAGGAACAACGUGUUUCUAGCAUCUUCAUGAGCAGCCAACUCGUUUCCAGCAGUUCUCUUAGGAUCUGAUGCUUUUCCAGCAUUUGCCUGAGGAAUGAGCCAUUCCCAGCUGCUUUUCAUGAAGAUCCGACCUGUUCCCAGGAUUGCCCCAAGGAACGACCCAUUUCCAGCUGCUUUCUGCAAGACUCUGACCUGUUUCCAGUGUUUUUCCAAAAAAUUCCAUCCAUUUCUAGCACUUCUGCAAAGAGCUGACUCAUUUCCAGCAUUUCUUCAAGGAUCCAAACUUUUUCCAGCAUUUCCCCGAGGAAUAACCUGUUUCCAACUGUUUUUCACAAGAAUCUGACCCGCUUCCAGCGUUUCUCCAAGAAUUCGACCCAUUUCCAGCCCUUCCGUGAGGAUCUGACCCAUUUCUAUGAGGAUCUGACCUGUUCCCAGCGUUUCCGUGAGGAUCCCACCCAUCUCCAGCAGCUGGCGGCAGGUUCCCCGGCCGCCCAGUACCGGCCCCUCGCUGGCGACCUCGUGGGUUGGGGUUUUUGUGCUAAAAGGAAGCAA